GUCGAGGUCGAAUCAUUACCCAUGACGAUGUGGCUGCUGACACUCGUGCUCGUUGUCGGUACCGCUGUAGGACAAACGGUACCUUGGUGGAACAGUGCUGUGUAUUAUAGGGUACUGGUGGACUCUUUCAAAGAUGGUGAUGGAGACGGGCUUGGCGAUCUUCAAGGAGCCACAAAACAGAUGAGCUACGUUCGUUCAUUAGGAGCAGACGCCAUCAUCUUGUCUCCCCUCAGCACCAAGAGUAAAGACUGCACCAAACCUGGGACCAUCGACUUGGGGGGGAUCGAUCAGCGCUAUGGGGGGCUGGAUGCCUUCAGCCAGUUUCUGGAGAAGGCCAAAGCUUUGGAGCUGAAAGUAGUCAUCACCCUGGACCUUCAAACUGCCAGUGCAGCAUCAGAGUGGUUCACGUCCAGUGCAAGCCGAGCGAACGGGUUCGAAGACUGGUUUAUUUGGGUUGAUGGAACACCUGAACAGCCUCCAGAGCUAGAACCCGGUAUCGACCAAUGGACGUAUCACGAAGACCGAAAGGCAUUCUUUGCAACUCGAAACAACGCUUCUCUCCUCAACCUCUGCUCCGAAGGUGUAGCAUCAGCGUUAGCUUCAGCUCAAUGUGCUUGGCUACGAAGGGGGGUUGCUGGAUUAGUACUUAACCCUGAUUUUAGAGAACAGGAAUGUGGGUUAAAAGUUUUGAGGAAGAUGGUAGCGGAAGCUAUGACGUGUGCUAGGGGGUCAAACUUGGAGACACCAGCCAUCUUAGUCGAGACAUCUUUACCUCCAGAACAAGCUGGCCAAUACUACAGCAAUGGCGGCAUAGGAGCCAACGGCGUCAUCAGCACAGCCCUUACGUCUGCUCAAAGAUCAGCUCCUCAAAUGGCAGUGGCUUUCUACGCUGAUAUACUGAAUGCUCCGCAAGAUGGUGUUCCUACUUGGCAGACAAGCUCCCCCAACGCAAACCGCAUCACAACCAGACACGGCAGCGACAUGGUCGACUCCAUCAACCUCCUCAACCUGGCACUCCCCGGCUCCAGCAUCAUUCAUCAAGGAGACGAGCUCGGCUCCGCAGAUACCAUCCUCGAAUGGUCCACAUCUGACUCCUGCUUCCCUAGUCUCCCUUUACCGUCAUCAGCACCAUUCCCCUGGGAUGAUACUGCCAAUGGUGGAUUCACAACUGGAACACCUUGGUUGCCUUUAGCGCCUAAUUAUAGAUAUGCAAAUGCGAAGACCCAGUUUGUGAAUGAUGGGAGCCAUGUUGGGGUGGUGAGAGUCGCGGCAGCGAUGAGGAAGAGUCCAGCUAUUGGACCUCAUGCUGAGAUCAAGCGUCUCGGAGACGCCAUUGCCGUCCUCCGUUGGGGAGGCACCGGCUCUCUCCUCGUCGUCUCCAACGUCGGCAAAUCCCAGACCGAAGCCCUACUAUCCUCAGUCCCAGGUCUUCCAGCAGAGAUGACCGUGGCUUCCAGCUCAGCUGGCUCUUCCUUCUCCACUGGGUCUCACGUAAAGCUGGAGAAACCAGUGAGGCUUGGACCUGGAGAGACGGUGCUGCUGGCCGGAGCACCGAGACACUGUGGGGGGCCGGGCCCGGUGGACAAGAUAGCUAACAAACUCAAUGAGGGGUGGCAGAAGAUUAAUAAGUAUUUCAGUAAUCUGUAAAGACGCAGACUUUAAGAUGUCCACUAGUAUUUGGCAGUUUUUUUUUCUGUUACUUACAAUGUUAUCAAGAGGGAACUCGACUGUUCUUAAAAUAAAAUAUUUUAUACCAUGCACGAAAUGAAGCAUCCGAUACCUAAUUAUAAGAAAAGGAUGGACAGAAGUUUGUUUAAAUCCAAUUUCUAUUUAGGAGGUCAGGUAGAAAUAUAUAAAGUAACUGAAUUGACCGUGACGUCACUCAAUUCGAUUUCAUAUUCAUU